AAAAGAGACUAAAGAUGGGAGAGUGAACAUAGCACGAGAGCAUGUAGAGGGAAUGGUGACGGUAAUUGAAUGUGAUGGAAUGAGCAAAAUAGAGUUUGAUGAUAGAAGAAUGCAAAUAGACAUAUGGCAAGAUAGGAUGCUUUCAUACUUUACAAUGUCCUGUUCAAAAUAUACAGCUCUACAAUACCUUAAGUACCUAUUUUCAAAUACAUCAUGCCAUGCAUAUUGAAAUGUUAUUUUGUUUAUUAUAAAAUGCUGAUUCAUUUGAACUAUAGCAGAAAUCGAGACGAAAUAAUCAGACUUAGUGAAUGAUAAAGGUACUGAAAUGCAGAUUCAUAUGAUAUAAGCUGUGUUUUUGAAAAGGUGUUUUUUCACACUUUGGUGUGAACUGAUUAAACUUGUCUUUGGCACAGAUCCAGAUGCUGAUUAUGGAUGAUGUUUCCAUGAUGACUCCACGAAGACUACACUCCAUUCUCUCGCUACCACGCCUCCAGUCACUCACCUUGAAGGAUAUCAAACGAUUUGACACAGAUGAUGGAGAGACACUGACUGGUCAAACAUGCUCAGUAGAUGCGCUUUCUGUGGAUGGUAAGCAUGUGACCAGCCUGUGGAAUUUUGGACUUCAUACAUCAUGUCCCAGAGUGGAAACACUCCAACUGGACUGGUUAACCGAGGAGAAUGUCUCAUCAGACAUCGUCACAAUGGCCUGCUCUCCAUUCCACCGUCUAACUCACCUUCAGAUCCAGGCACAGAUGCCUCCCAAAGUGACACUGAAUGAUCCCGUGUCAUUUUGCGAUGCUGUUAAAACAUCAUGUCCUCGACUCACCAAGCUAUCCUUUGCCUUCAUUGCACUGAACAACAAGAAGGCAGCUGAGAUCAUCCAACUCAUGAAGACUCAUCCACACCUGACAAGCAUAGGGUUGAAAACGUGUGCUACCGACAUGGAUCUAGAUCCACUGAUUUAUGAGGUGAACAGUGAAGGCAAGCUGACUGUCACAGUGACUAAAUUUUAG